UCUCUCUCUCCCCCUCUCUCUCUCUCUCUCUAUCUCUCUGUCAGAUGCAAGAUAAGGAACCACAGGACAAGAUACAGCAGCCUGUCAGCAAAGUAAUUGAGCGGAAACGACUUAAAGCGGUGCUAAAAAACUUGUCGCUCUUGAAGCUGCUCAAGAGCUCGAACCCUCGGACCCAGGAACUGCAUAACCUGGCCAAAAGGUGUUGGCAUUCACUGCUCAGAGUUCCGAAGAUCCUCGAGGUCUCCUCUGGGCACGAAGACGUCUGGGAUACAGUAGAACAAAAUCACAAAGAUCUUCAGGAGGCUGGGUGUCCCAAGAAGAAACUGGACUCCAAGAAAUUAGAGCCCCUGAGGGAGUCGGAGCAGUCAAGGCUCAAGGCGGCACGGCGGGCGAGGCGCGCGGCACGGCAAGCAGUGCCGUGCAAGGAGGAGCGGCUGGAGCCUGCGGUUCCCGUGACGUCAAAGGGUCAUGGCCUGCCCACUGGCCCUGGAGCCCAGGAGAGGCAAUCACCCGCUGGGGACCCCCGGGUCAUCUUCCUGAAGACCCACCAGUACAGAACUCCCAUGGAGGGCGUGAAGCAGCUGGACACAGCAGACCAGUGGAUCUGGUUUGAGGGGCUGCCCACACGAGUCCACCUCCCAGGGCCCCGGGUGAUGUGCAGAUCAUCCGCCCUGCGCUGGGUCAAGCGCUGCUGUACCCGCCUCUGCUCGGCAUCACUUGAGCUGCCAAUGGUCCGUCCAUACAAGGUGUGACAAUGCCACUGCCAGGCUAGGGUGAGACACAGCCCCAAGCCAGGCCCUGAGCUGGGCCCAGAGUCAGAGGGCUUAGGAUCCAGAGUCUUGGGGGCUGUGGCUGGCAGUGCUGGGAGGCCCUACCUUCAUGCCCAGAGAGGGAAGCCCAGAGAGGCGGAAGCCAUUGACCAAGUCCACACAGCGGGGCAGUGGCCAGGCUGGGUCCUCUCAGGACCCAAGUAGGGGCUCCGGGGAAGGAGGGCACUGGAAGUGUGGCUCUGAGGUGAGUCAUCCACUGCCUGGAGGCCUCAGGAGGGGCCAUCUGCUAUGGCUCAGAAUCUCACAGAAGUCUGAGUAAGUGAGUUUAGGGAUUUCCAAAUGUGGGGCUAAGGGGAGGGGGCGUGGUCAAGUAAGGCUCUUCUGCAUCUCAUCCCCUCUUAGAUAAACUCUCCAUUUGUUUUAUUUAUUCGUGCCUCAAAUAAGACCUACUCUGAACGAAAGGUCCUUAGCAAAAGAAAAAGUAGAACUACUCCAGCCCCUCCACUGAGGUCCCAAGAAAGGAAGGGGGUGAUGGGCCUGGGGGGUCCAGCUGAAUGGGAAGCUGCCCCUUCAGCAAACCGGGCAUCUCCAAUCUGCCAGACACCGCCGCGCCCUGGUCCCUGAGCCCUCUCCCUGGGCGCCAGCGCCCUCUGGGGGCGGUCUUGGCUCCUAACUGACGCUGAGGUCUCUGCUCGCAGGUGUGACCUUGGAUGGGAGCCAGAGGUGUGCGGAGAGGGCGGAGAUCGCGCAACCAUCUGAACGGGAGGGAUGGGCGGGAAAAUUCGCGAGUCUACAAAUAAAAUCUCCCAGAUGGCGCUGAAGAAUACUGUCGCUGGCUCUGCCUCUUUAUCUGGGUCUGGAAGGGAUGGAGGAAAGAGGUCCUCCACGGAGGUAAGGUGGGGGAGGUGGGGAGAGUGUGAAUCACGACUUCAGGUUAAUUCCACUCCAUCCCCAGGUCCCUACGGUCAGUGUAGAAGCCGUAACAAAGAAGCAAGCGGGCUGCUCCCCUCCCCCGCCUCUGCAAGCUGGCCUCCUGAGCGGUGCUCUCCGUGAAGUCAUAGAAGGGGGGCGUUGGUUGUGCGCUUCCUGGGGGCCAGGUGCCUCACAAUGGCGCUGCAGGCCAAGGAGAGGAGGAAACCACCGGGGCGCCGAGAAGCGAAGGGCUUGCGCAGGCUCACGCCGCUGGUUAGUGGCACAGCAAGAACUCUAAUCUAGGUCUCCUGGCUGCUCCCCGUUCCAUUUCCCGAAGGGGGAAAGGUGCAACGCAGCAUCCAGCCCGUCACGCACGUGCACUGCGCCCUGAUUAUCACGGCUCCGGGUGUCAAUAAAUGCCAGCCGGAAAUGUGAAAUGUGCCCCGCCUGGGUCACGGAGAGCACCGAGCCAGACGGGGCAUUGGUACUUCGUCCCACUGCUCCCGUGGGACACAGCGCGUCCGCCCUCCAACCCCAAGUCCGGUUGGGGUCACCCUCUGUCGGUAGGAGCCACAGGGCCCUGAAUCUGCAGUUGGGGAGAGGAAAACAGAGGGGGCCCAGGCUUUCUCUGGACAAAGACUGUGAUCCUGAUCCUCCGUAUUCCCCUGGAGACAGGCUGUGUGCAGCGGGCGCCCUCGGGAGAGCAGCAGAGCCAUCGAGGGGCGCAGAGCCCUCCACCCUCACUCCCAGGGAGCCAGGGCACUGAUGGAGGUCCUCAGAUUGGGAGGGAGAGAGAAGGAUGGGAAAGGCUCCCGCUAAACCGGCCGGCUCGCACCCGUCCUCUCCACUGGGGCUCAGCACCCUGACUGAGCAUCCGCCAGGCGGCCGCCAGCGGAAACCGGGCCGCGAGAACAGCCUGAGCGGGGCCUGGCGCUGGACCGCUCUGCACCGCACU